AUGUCAACUGUUGAGCUCCGCUACUCAAGCUGGACCCAGGAAGUUCAGAAAUCCACCUUUACUAGUAUGGCGGAGAUGAUCUAUGGCCCUCCAGCCGGCGGCUCGGCAGCGCCUCUUUCGCCAGCCACGUCCGGCGACAGCCCAGCGACUGUGAACUGGUUUAUCUUCCGUAUGUUAUGCCACCUCGCCGUGUCCCGCAAGCUAGACUGGUUCCUCUAA